UCAGCGGGCUGCCCCGACACAUGUGCCAACCUGCCUUUAGCCACCCAGUGCCACAUGAAUUGCACAGAAGGCUGCCAGUGUGAAGAGGGCUACCUGCUUAGUGGUGACGCCUGUGUCCCUGGGAAACAGUGUGGCUGCUCCUAUUCCGGACGGUACUACAAGCUGGGUGAGGUGUUCUAUGACCCGAUACAGUGCCAGACAAAGUGUCAGUGUGGGGAGAAUGGUGCUGUCUCCUGUGAGGUAUCUCCCUGCAGCCCUGGGGAGGCCUGUCAGUUGGUUAAAGGAGUGUGGGGCUGCUAUCCCACUGGGAAUGCCAAGUGCGUGGCUUCAGGCGACCCACAUUACACCACCUUCGAUGGGCGCAGGUUUGACUUCCAGGGCCGCUGCAUCUACACCCUCACUGAGGUUUGUGAUAACAGCACAGAGCUGGUGCCCUUUGCUGUGGAGGAGGAGAAUGAGCCAUAUGGAGAUGGCAGGGUGGCUGUGACCAAAGCUGUCAUGCUGCAGGUCUAUGGCUAUGUUAUCACCAUCAAGCAAGGAAUGAAAUGGGAAGUUAUGGUGGAUAAAGUACUUUUCCACUUACCCCUCAUUUUGGAUGAUGGACGCAUAACUAUAAACCAGGAAGGCUGCAACAUCAUAGUGCAGACGGACUUUGGACUGAAAUUACUCUAUGACACUCAGUACUAUGUAGAGGUGGAUGUCCCUUCAUCCUAUAAAGACAGACUGUGUGGCCUCUGUGGUAAUUACAAUGGUGACAGUCAGGAUGAUUUCCUCCUGCCCAAUGGCCAGCAGACAGCCGAUGUGGAUGUGUUUGGGCGAGCCUGGGUGGUCAACCUGCCGGAGGCUAUGUGUGGUGGCUGUGGGAGCCAGUGCCCAACUUGUAGCGUGGACAAGCAAGCUCUGUAUGGACAGCUAGAGUUCUGUGGCAUCAUCAACAGCAAUAGUGGCCCCUUCGCUGCCUGUCAUGCUGUAGUUCCACCUAAGAACUAUGUCAGUAACUGUAUUUUUGACCUGUGCACUGUGGAUGGAAACAGGACCACCCUGUGCAACAGUGUCCAAGCAUAUGCCAUUGCCUGCCAGAGUGCUGGAGUUCAGAUUAACGGCUGGAGGAACAGUUCAUUGUGCCCACUGACCUGCCCAGCCAACAGUCACUAUGAAUUAUGUGCUGACACUUGUGGCAUGAACUGUGCCAACCUGGUCUUGCCCAGCACCUGCACCCCCCAAUGCUUUGAGGGCUGCCAGUGUGACCCUGGCUUUGUGUCGGAUGGAAGCUCAUGUGUGUCUAUGGAUUCCUGCGGAUGCAUUUAUGAAGGCCAAUAUUUGAAGGUUGGUCAGUCUGUGGUGAACAAGCUGUGCAAUUCAAAGUGUGUGUGCCAGGCGACAGGGGCCGUGACCUGUCAAGCGCUAAUGUGUCCCGGCGGGCAGGUCUGUGAAGUGCGUGACGGGAUCCAAGGAUGUUAUGUCCGGCAGGGCAUCUGCACUGUCCAACAGGGCGCGAUCUUCACCACAUUCGAUGGCAUGGAGGGGUACAUUAACCAUAAUGGGGCCUUUGACAUCGUCUCAGUCUGUGACAAGAACUUAAACAACUGGUUCCGCAUUGUAGUUGAAUUGUGCAGCAGGACUGGUUUCCCUGCUGUGUCCACGGUAUUUGUGUACUACUUGGAUACAGCCAUUGUUAUCAACAUGCAGCAGAGUACCUGGGUAAAUGGAAAGGAGACCAAACUCCCUGCAAGACUCACAAAUGGGAUAACUAUCACUACUGUUGAUGAACUGCUGAUCAUACAGAUAUCAGCAGAUUUGCAAGUCUCCUAUUCUACCAGCCAGGAGGUUAAAGUGACUAUCACAGGUAGUCUGGGUAGCACGUUGUGUGGUGCCUGUGGUAACUACAAUGGAAACAGCAAUAACAUUUCACCAAUAGGAGGCACGAUCUCUGCUAACGUGUCACAGGCCAUUAACUCCUGGAAAGCUAUGGAUCUAUCUGGAUGCUGUGCAUGAAACUCUUGAUGUCUAUGACCCAACGUGUCGGCUCUCCUCCAACACACUUGUUUUUUCCAUGCAACUGUGUUUUUUUUUGAUGAUUUAAAAAAAAAUUAUUAAACAAUACAUAUUCUUGUUAGUUAUUGCCAAAUUAUUAUAAUUUUUUUAAACCAAUCUUU